GGGAUUCCUACAAACUGGAGGAUUUCUUCCAUGGUUUUGGUCAGAUACAACGCCUAGUGAUGAUGCUACAGGAGCCUGGUGUCAUGGAAACCUUGAUGGCAUCUAUCAACACUCCAAAAUUUACAUCGCUGUUAGAGAACACAAAUGCCACAGCUGUUCUUAUAGAUAUCUGCGAUUCAGAUAUCACAAAAUAUAUGACAAUUCCUCCAAGUGUAACUGCCAACAUGAAUGAUGUCAAAGACAGAUUCUGCGACACUGACUUUGAAAUUCUGAUGACAGAAUUUGUAGAUGCUUUCUUUAUUCAAGAUAUACUUGACAUGAUGGAAACAAAUACUACACUCAACUGGAGACUGAUCACAGAACGUAACAGUCAGCUGACUGAGAAACUUGGUAAAUGGUUGGAAAGUCCGCCAAAUCUUGAUGUGCCUUCACGAUGGGAAAAUUCGACAUACUGGUUCCAACUUCUUGACCUCCUUAAUGGAGAGCAGGCUGUUGAGACGAGUGAUCCAACACUGGAAACAUUGUUAAAGGGAAUGGAGAACUUCCUCGGAAGUCAAUAUACCGAUAUUGUUAAAUCAAUGUAA